CCCGCCCCCAAGUUCGUGGGGCGACCCAUGGUUCGAUGGGAUAUUUUUAAAAGCAGAGUUUAAGCUCUCUGAACUUGCGUGGAGGUCUGAUGAAGAAGCUUGGUCUUGAAAUCGUUUUUCUCAAAUCCGGAGCCAUUGCAUUUUCCUAAAGGUACGAUGGUGGCACCCUGGCAGGUGACAGUAGCAAAAUGAACAUCUGACUAUUCUUGAUGUCAAAUUGUGGACAAAACGGAACAAAGGGAAAAUAAAAACACCAUAAAGGCAAACCAUCGCUUUCCUUGGGAUUUACAUUAACACUCAAUCGCUCAUGUCGAACCUUGAUUCAAACGUUAUUUACCUCAAAAACGUCCAACCACCACUUAAAAUCUUCACCAUAUGGGAGAGAAACCGUCAUCGGUCUCUUCACUGGCUAGUGGAAUGCUUUGCUGAAUUCCUAGGCGUAUUUUUCUACGUAUACGCCGGAGUAGGCUCGCAACUUCUGUUCAUACUUGGUGGUAUCUUGAAAAUAGACGGACUGAGCUCGAUCCUUCAGGUUGGGAUUGCCUACACUUGUGGAAUCGUCCUGGCAAUCGCGGUCUGUGCUGGGACAUCUGGCGGUCAUAUUAACCCAUGCGUAACGAUUACCUUCAUGAUUUUCAGGGGUUUUCCACCUCUGAAAGGGCUUCGGUAUAUCAUCGCACAGAUAUUGGGCGCAUACGUUGCCUGUCUUCUCAUCUACGCACAAUACUCGCACAUGAUACACUUGGCAGAAACGGCAUUAGAAGAGGCUGGUUUAUUAGAUAGUGUUCUGUUCACACCAAAUGGCCCCGCAGGUGCUUUUGGCCUGUAUGUAGCCCCGGGAUCUAAUCUAGGACAGGUCUUCCUCAACGAAUUUAUUACGGAUAUCAUGCUCGCCCUCGUCAUCUUUGGAUGUCUUGACCCUACGAAUACUUUCGUCACACCAUCAUCUGUCCCAGUCGUGAUUGCUUUGGCAUAUGGUGUUGCAGUCUGGGGCUUCUCCGUUCCUGGGCUUGCGGCCAACUCCGCCCGCGACGUUGGGGGACGACUUGCCGCUAUCACUAUUUGGGGAACGAAAGCUGCCGGUGGAUCUUACGCUGCGAUCACAGGCUUGACCAAUAUCGCAGCAACUGUCAUCGGGUUUGUCCUUCACGAACUAUUCCUCACCGACUAUGCAAGAGUCGUCCCUAGCGCCCAACGAGAGUUCAUAAUGGUUCAUCUGAAUCAUGAGCAUAAUCCCGAUAAAGCAAUGAGACAAGCGUCCACGUCCUCUGAUACCGAUUCUCAUCGCGACAAGGACAAAGCGGAAAUAAGCCAGAUUGAGCAUCUGUCUGCCUGAGGUAUGUGAGGCAUGAAAUUGAAGCGGGUGCAGUUGUACAUAGCAUGGUACUCCAAUACUUCGUCAGGUCCGGUGUUAAAGUGUGUACUACUGGGGUCAUCUGAACGGCGCCAGGCGGCCGUUAAGUCAUGUUGAACUUCUAAGCGUUUACAGGUUUAGAUAUGUAGUACUACCUAUCCAACCGCGAAACGAGAAACC